AGCAAUUUCUUCUGCCGGCCAACUGUUCCGUCACGGCGUCACGCCGUCGUUACAUCCUUAUGUUAUUCUAACAGAAUUACCAAUUCGUUUUCGUUGGAGGCACGCAGUCGCUCAACUGCUCUGAUUGGUUAGCCUAGCAACCAAAAAAGCCCAGUAUGCAAUGGAGAAACAAACCCUAACCCAAAGGGUCCUCUCUUCCUUCCUCCUCUCCCCUUUCCCUGUCUCUCUCUAUCAGAGAGAGUUAUAUUUCCAACAACAUCAAAAAACUGUUAAUUGAUUGGUUGAUUGACUUGGAUAUAUAUAUAUAUAUAUAUAUAUAUAUAUAUAUAGAGAGAGAGAGAGAGAGAGAGAGAGAGAGAGAGAACAUAAAAUGGAUUCAGACGAAGGAAAGCUGUUCAUAGGAGGAAUAGCAUGGGACACAACGGAAGAGACACUAAGAGACCACUUCAACCUGUACGGCGAGGUCUCUCAGGUUGUAAUAAUGCGUGACAAAACGACUGGUCGUCCUCGUGGCUUUGGUUUCGUUGUUUUCUCCGAUCCUUCCCUUCUAGAUCCUGUUCUCCAGGAUAAACACACCAUCGAUGGCCGUUCUGUGGAGGCGAAAAGGGCUUUAUCCAGAGAAGAACAGCACGCCUCAUCUAGAUCUGAAAAUUUUAACUCUGGUAGAGGCUCUGGUGGUGUAGGUAAUUUUAGGACUAACAAAAUCUUUGUUGGUGGCUUGCCUCCCACCUUGAUGGAAGAUGCGUUCCGUCAAUAUUUUCAAAGUUAUGGUCACGUAUGUGAUGUGGUACUAAUGUAUGACCAGCAGACUCAAAGGCCUCGUGGCUUUGGAUUUAUUACCUUUGAUACUGAAGAUGCAGUUGAUAAUGUACUCCAGAAGACCUUUCAUGAGUUGAAUGGUAAACUUGUAGAGGUAAAACGAGCACUCCCGAAAGAUGCAAAUCCAGGUGGUGAGGGGCGUGAUGGUGGCUAUCGAGGUUAUGGCUCCUCUGGAGCCAAUGUAAGUGCAGCUGAUGGUCGAAUGGACGGAAACAGAUAUAUGCAGGCCCAAACUUCUGCAGGUGGUUACCCACCGUAUUCUGGUUUUGCUGCACAUAGUUAUGGUUAUGGAGCAGCAAACAGUGGAGUUGGUUAUUAUGGAAAUUAUGGUGUUGGUGGUUAUGGUGGUGGAAAUACUGGAUAUGGUACAGGAGUGUAUGGCAUGUCUAGCGCCGUAAAAAAUAGCUGGAACAGCCAAGCUCCUUCCAAUUAUGGUGCUUCUGGCUAUGGUGCAAAUGCAGGCUAUGGGGCUGCAGCCCCCUGGAUUGCUUCUGGUGGUGGCGGUCCUGCUUCUGCUCCUACAGGUCAGUAUCCAGCAGGAGCUUCUGUGUACGGGAACCAAGGCUAUGGUUAUGGUGAUUAUGGUGGAAGUGAUGGUCCUUAUUCUGGUGGCUAUGGGGCUGCUGGUGGGCAUGCUGGAAAUGCUCCAAAUGGCAGUGCCGGCAGCAAAGCUGGUGGGGGGGAGCAACAAGGGAGUGGUGGCGGCUAUGAAGACAGUAAUGGGAAUUCAGGAUAUGCAAAUGAAGCCUGGAGGUCUGAUCCUUCACAAGCCUCAGGUGGUUAUGGUGGUGCUUAUUCAAGAUAGGCACCCCCACAUCAGUGAUUGAUGAUGCCUUCAGGUUUUUGUGAGAAUUCAUAAUCAGGCAUCUAUUUUUCUUUAACCCAGUUGUAGUUUGCAGUGGCUUUCUGCUAGUAUAUAAUGGCUAGUAGUUCCAAGCAGUAGCUACACCAUUUCAUUAAUAGCAUUUGCUUUUCAAGUCACAACCGUUAACUUCAUUUCGUAUUUUGUUUAAUGGAUAACCUCUUAAUCUUUUAAAGCUUGGAGUGCUGUUCUGAGCCUUUUCUAUUAUUAUAUGAUGUCAUUUAUGCAGGCAUCUGAUUGAUGGCUCUUUAUUAGUUAGCAUCUACUGAUCUGCUUGAAUUUACUGGCAUUUUGAGUAUAUUUUAUUGGAUGUCUGAUUUUCAUAGCAGUAAUGCUUAGCUUUUAUAUGUGGUAUGUCAUGAUUGAGAUUGAGUAGAGAUAUUCAAAUGUAGUGAAGUUUGAGGAUACUGUGCUGGAGCUCUUAGCCUAGAUUCCUACCUUGUGAAUAGAAGCAGUAACCAGUUUGGUAGUAAAAUUUUGUGAGAAAAGAUAAUUUCCUCCUGUAUUUGCAAUUUUUGUCAGGAGAGAGUAUUCAACUUCAGUUGGGAACUUGUGGAACUCAAAAGGUGGUAAUUGGGUUUGUGGCGAGGACUGGAAUUUUAAGUGGGCUCGCUAACAAUGCUUUGUUCACCGCAAAAUAUAGAGUGGGGCUGAAGUCUUCCCAUUAUGAACAUGGUAUCGUAAGUUGAAGGAUGUUAUAACUUUCCCGCUCCGAUUUCAUUUUUUUUCUAUUUCUUUAGAGUUGCCAACAUAGAAUUAUUCAGCCUUUUGGGAGAGAGAGGAGCGAAUGAAUUAUGUAUUGUCAGUGAAAGCCUGUGUAGUUUUGGUGAGAAAAGAACAUAGCUUCAUUUUAGCCCUCUAGUCGGUCUACCUCAUCUAUUCUUGGUUCUUUGUCCUUGUGCAGUAACUAAUUAUCAUUUGCAUCUUAACAUUUUUUUUUUUGCACUUCAGUGCUGGCUAUGUGCAAGAAGAUCAAUCUCUAGAAUCAGUGGUGCCCGCCAACUGCAUUGCCUGGCAGAGACGGUGUAUCUUGUCAUCUUUUAUUCCUCUUCCUCUUCUUACUGGUUCCGUGCUGCCUAUUUUUUUCUUCUUGAUCUGGUUGUUAUCAUCUGCAAUUCCUUGUUUCCUCUUUAUGUUUUUCAUGUUGAUCCCAUUUGAUUUCUCAUUUUUAGUUUAGGUACUUAUGAUUAAGCAUGCCGAAGCCCUUUUCAUGAAACUGGACUGAUGAUACAAAUGAACUUUAAAGUGCAGUUAUGUCCACCAAAACAUGUCAAAAACUGCAAUGUUCAUAACUGUGCAUCAGUCGUAAGUUUUGGAAUUUGAAAGCUGUGCCGUGCUGGGAUCAGUCAUGGGUUGUUUUGGCUGGGGGGGCAUCCGUGUUGGUCAUACAAAGGAAGCAUAUGAGGAAGCUGUUGAUUUCAGAUCCUUGCACCUGAAAUAUAGGUUGCUGUUAUAAGCAAUGCCGUUGAUGACAGUAAAUGAUUGCAUCAAUUGCUGUUAUCAUCAAGGUUUUAUGGCACAAAAGAAUCUAUGGUCUCCGUGUUUUGUUGGCGCCCUCUGGCGCCUAAACCCUAACAGCCACACACUUCCCGCUCGCUGUGCCUUGUCCAAAGCAACAGUCAAUUGUGAGGACAAAACAAAGUAACGGACGGAUGGUUAUCGACAGUCAUGAGCAUGACCGGUUGUGGGGGGGAACUGGGCAGAACAUGGGAUAUGGCUGGAGGUGUCCAAGGAGCCACCAAGUUCAUGGAGAACAUGUGGUGACCAGUCCAAAUCCUUGCUAGAAAAUGGAGAGACAAUUUUCAGAUGCAACUUCCAGCUUAGUUGUUCUGUGAAUAGGUUGUAAAAUAAGCUGAGUAGCAUACAAUACCUCAUAGACGGUGUCUUGAGCAUAAAACACACUAUUGGUUUGUGUAUUUCCGUCGUUAGAGUUUAGUAAAUGUUGGGAAGAGUUGUAGAAAAUUGUAAUUUGCAUCCUUGCUUGGAUGUUUGUAUUGGUAUCAGAUCUGGGUUUUAUCUUUA